GAUUAAUUGUGACUUUUGAGACGUGUAUUCGUGUUGUGAUGACAAUAAAUUAGUUGAAGUUCUUUUUGUAACCCAAAAAUGCAGCACGACGACGUCGUAUGGAGUGUUAUCAACAAAUCAUUUUGUUCGUUUAAAGUCAACACAAAAACACAAAGAUUCUGUAAAAAUGAAUACAACCUGACAGGUUUGUGCAGCAGAGCAUCAUGCCCUUUGGCAAACAGUCAGUAUGCAACAAUCAGAGAAGAGAGUGGCAUUAUUUAUCUGUAUAUGAGAACAGCUGAGAGAAUUCACUUUCCAAAAAAUGCAUGGGAAAAAGUUAAGUUAUCUCGUAAUUUUGAAAAAGCAAUUCACCAAAUCAAUGAGAAUUUACUGUACUGGCCAUCAUUCAUUAAAGCAAAAUGCAAACAGAGGUUCAUCAAAGUUACUCAGUAUUUAAUCAGAAUGAGAAAGUUAAAGCUUAGACGUCAGAAGAAACUUGUACCAAUACAAAGAAAAAUUGAAAGAAGAGAAACACGUAGGGAAGAAAAAGCUCUUAUUGCCGCCAAACUUGACACUAAUAUAGAAAAGCAGUUGAUGGAGAGGUUGAAAAAAGGAGUGUACAAAGAUAUUUACAACUUUCCACAAAAAGUCUUUGACAAAGCAGUCGAAGCUGUUGAGGUUGAAGGUGAAAGUGAGGAAGAAGAAAGUGAAGAAGAAACAGAAAAGGAAAUCGAAAGAGAAGUGGAAGAGGAGUUGGAGGCUGAUGAAGAAGCUGAAACUGGGGCUCAUCAAUUUAUUGCAGCUGAUAGCGAUGAAGAAGAUAGCGAUGACGACGAAAUGGAAUACAAUGAUGAUAGUGAUUCUGGUGUCAGGGAAGAAACUGACGUAUCUUCUAAUUUUGAGUCUGAAGAUGAGAUCGAGGAUACUGUUCCAUCAAGUAAUAAGAGUAAAAUUGCCAAGCCUAAAGUAACCAAGAAAUUGAGGAAACGACCUAAGGUUACAGUUGAAUAUGACGAAAUAGAAAACGAAUUGGAAGAGGAGAGACGAGUGGAAAGUGUUAGAUAGA